UGUAAACAAAUAUUUUAUAUUUUAUCGGAAUGAUAUAAAAUGAUGGGAAGUUUAUUAUUAUCCUGUUUUUUGUUUGCUACUUUUAUUUUUAAUUUUUCGAAUGCCAGUUUUAUUGAAGAUUGUCCAAAACCGACAAGUGUUCUUAAAAAUACGGUAAUAAAAGCUCAGGAGUCGAUUGCAAGAAAUGCAACUUUGAUUGAUAAAAUAGAUGACACAACCAGUGCGUCUGAAUGUUACAACUUAUGUUGCAGCUAUGCUACAUGUAACGUUGCUUUAAUUCGCUUUGAGAAAAUUUAUGAUGAUGAAAAUGAAGAAGUUAUUAAGAAGAGUUGUUAUUUAUUUGAUUGUAAAUCACCAUCUGUUUGCACUUAUAAGCAGCAAAAAGAUUUUGCAGUUAUAAUGUUGGACAGGCCUAAUAAGCAACUUUUGAAUUUUGAAGUUGAACAAACGAAUAAAACUCCAAAAAAUGAAUUAAAUUCAAAUGAAGAAAAAUGUCCAUCGGGAACUCCAGUUGCGAUGUGCUCGUACAUUCCCUGUGCAAAGGCAUCAUGUCCUGGAGACGCAUCUGCAAUGUGCAAAAAUAAUUUUUGUGGAGGUUGUAAUGCAGUUUUUUAUACAAAGACUGGUGAAAAAGCAGAUUGCAAACCCAAAGUUUCUGAAGAGAAAAAGAUAGAAAAGGUAAAUGUAAAUCGAAACGAGCAAGUUCAAAUAUCAGAUAAGCAAGAUUUCCAAGUUUCUAAAGUAAAAGAACAAGCAAACCACAAUGAACAAGAGCUUACAGUUUCUGCGUCAGAAGAACAAGAGGCACCAAGAGAGAAUCUUCUUGCAAAAAUUUCAAAUCAUAACAACUCAAGUGAUCCAUAUUAUCAGUCCGAAAAGCGACCUUGGGAAGACAAACCAGGUGAAGAACAUAUAAUUGAUUCUUACUCCACUCCUCGUGCUUAUAUUAAUAGUAUAAUUGGUAAAACUGAACAACCUUUCAUUUCUGUACCUUUGAUAGUGGUCUUUGUUAUUUCAUUGCUCUUUCUUUUUGGUCUCAUAUAUCAUGUCAAAUGUAGUCGACGAGGUAAACCAAAGAAAGUUGCGGUCGAUGAUGGGGACUACCUUAUUAAUGGAAUGUAUUUAUAAAGAUUUUGUGAACUGGUAUUUUCCGAGAGAAAUUAAUCAGUAAUAAAUAUUUAUUACCAUUAAACAGUAAAAAAAUGUUUAAAAUACAAAAUUCAAUGUAAAA